AUGUUGCCGAGGUUUUCAAACGAUUUCGUAAUGGAAAUAGUUUCCAAGGUGAAAAAGGCAGAAGAAGCGAGAGAUAGUAAAGAGGCAUGCAUUCUUAAAGUGCCGAUGGCCAUAGUAGGCGAGAGCACCAAAUUCUACCAUCCCACCAUGGUAACAAUUGGCCCUUAUCAUAAUUACUCUCAUUCAUAUCAUGGCAAGAAGGCAGAGGAGUCACUCACAGAGAAAGAAAAGGAGCGGCUGAAGAAAAAGGAAAUUCCUGAAAUAAGCGAUGAAAGGUAUCUUCCGUACGGUGCAGACAAACUUAAAAAAGCCGGAGUAGUGUUCCAAGCAAUGGAGAACAGCGGGAUCCCUGAUAUCCAUUUCGACAAGCAGACUGGCAAGCUGUUUCUUCCACAGAUUGAUGUUGGUGUAUGGACGGAAGCAAUUUUCAGAAACUUAUUGGCAUAUGAGGCAUGCUAUAAAACUGGAAGCAGUGAGCUUUUGGAGACGAGUAGCGACGAGGAUCAGAAAUUAGUCACUCGAUUCGUUCUGUUCAUGUCCCAGUUGGUGGAAACGGAAAAGGAUGCAGACGUUUUGAGAGAGGAGAAAAUCAUUCAGAACAAUCUGGGUGACAGCAAAGAGGUGGCCAGGAUGUGGAACGAUAUGAACAGUUCAAGAUGGAUACCGAAAUGUAACCAAUUUGAUGAGAUCACAAGGGAAUUGAAUGGGUACAUCGGCCAACAAUGGGUGGUCUGGUUCGCUGAAUUAUGGGAGCGGUACUGCUCAAAGCCAUGGCUCGUCUUUGCCGUCAUUGUAGCCGUUAUUGUUUUUGCGGAAACCCUCGUAAGUCUCUGGACCACUCUGAAGAGCGACAAUUAA